GUUCGCACAAAGAUGGAACGAGAUAUUCUGGUGGAAGUGAAUCAUCCCUUCAUUGUGAAGUUGCACUAUGCCUUUCAGACAGAAGGGAAGCUCUAUUUAAUUUUGGAUUUUCUCAGGGGUGGAGAUGUAUUUACUCGCUUAUCCAAAGAGGUAAGUGUUCUGUUUUCCUCUGCAUUAACCUUUUAAUGCCUUUAUUUCCCCAGUUGUCUUCACUGGAAAAUGCCAGUUAUUAACUGCCUUAAUUCGUAUUUGCAUCCUGUGGUGGUUUAUGGUGCUGUGUGUCAACCAGCCUUCAGGCAAACGCUGACUGGUUGGCGGGAGGUGUGUUCGGACACGUUGCGAUGAGACUUUGACUUUCGUGGGUUUUAUUAAAGGUUUUUCAGUAAUAUUAUCUCUCAAACAAUAAAUUGUUAAACAUUAAAAUGUAAACAAUAUAAUGUUCCCUUACCACAUCCAGUACUUCAGUAUGGUACUGGAGACGUGUUCGUGCUCCCACGCAUAAUAAUAGACGAAAUGAUGAAAAAUGCUUUCUAAAAUGUCAGUUUAGACAGAGUAGCGCUGUUAGAUUCAUAGGCUGGUGUAUUUAAUAAAAUGUCUCCUCUAUGAAAAACCUCACUUGAAUGGCUAUAAAUCAACCACACACUUGACUUUUUUUUUUUUUUUUUUUUUUCCCCCUUCUAAUGGUCUUCCAAUAAAGACACAGUGUCAGUGAUGUAAACCACAGCAGCUCAGUUAAAAAAAUAUAAAAUAUCAAUUCCGUGAUUGAUAGAAUUGUAGAUCUAAACACUAGUUAAACUGAAGUGCUUAAGUACAAGAGAUUGAUACUGCUGAGUACAGAUGAGUGAAAACGCUUCAGAAAUGCUUUCAAUGAGAAGUGAUUUGGUUUAUAACUGAUCACAUAAAUUGAUUCAUUUUUUCCACCCAGCACUUUUCAAAACAAAGUUACACCCAUCUUGUCUUCUGUUGAUGAUUCCUACAAUGAAACACUGAAAUCUCCUUUGUUUUUGCUGUUUUUCACUGUCUCGUUUUUGCACAUUUUUGCCUUCUGUGACAUGCUUGCAGAUACGCACUUGCAGAAGUAUAAAUCAGCUCAAAGAGGGAAAUUAAAAUUAUUUCUUCUUACAAGAAGUCAAAUCAAAACCACAGUCAUAGGUUGGCGAAAAUGACCUAAUUAAAAAUGGAUUUAAAUGCUAAAAAUGCAUGUGAAGUGUGUCAUUUCAUAAUUUGACCAAUUUUGCAUUAGUAGAAGUUGUUACUCCUGCUUUGUGUUUUAUUUCCGACUCUGAAAAGUGAAACUGUUGCUGGCAAAUUUGCUACAUGACUUGACAAUGAACCAUGUGGAACUAACAAAAACUUCCUUAAGUAAUAAAAUGAUUUGGAGGUAAUAAAAACAAAUCACAAAAAAAAUGAUAAAAGAUUAUUAAAUCACAAUUUUAAAUGAAUUUAUGUUUUACUUUAGUUUUCGUUGUGACUCAAACAUAACAAAUAAAUGGUUUAUGGUUUACUAAAUUUGUGCUGUACUAAAAUAAUUAGAUUAAUCAACAUAAAUUAGUUUAUCGCUCAAUGUAAUAAAAUACAUACUGCAUGGACCAUGAAGACUGACCUGGCAGCAAAUGAACACAGCUGUUUACCUAUUUACAGGUUUUAUUUCAGUAGGCUUCUCUAACUAAAACCAAAUUUCUUCGUGGGCUCAGAUGUCCUAUCACUGUACAGCUGAGCAGUGUUUCUACUCAGCACCAUGGAUAGCGACAGUAGCUAGAAUCCUUUGGUGUCUCAGUCAUGUUUAUGGACUGAGGUUUAAUUAAUUGAGAAAUCUAAAACUCUUCACAAUUAAAAUAUAAUAAGCCAGUAAUCUACACACAAUAACCCAAACACAAUAAUCUACACACAGUAAUAAUGACAAAGAGAAAGCAAGUGUCUUUUUUUUUUUAUUUUUUUUUUUUAGAUAUUUUCACAAAUUUAUUGAAAAUCAAAAAUGAAAAUCUCUCAUUUAGUUAAGUAUUCAGACACAUUAUUCAGUACUUUGGAGAAGCAACAUUGGCAGCAAUUAAAUUUUCAUGUUUUCUGGGUAACAAGCUACGUACAUUAGGAUUUUGUCAGUUUCUCUCAUUCUUCCAGACAGAAACUCUCAAACUCGACCAGAUCGGAGCAUCUGUGAACUGACAUUAUCAGGUCUCCACAGAUCUUCUUUGGGGUUCAAGUCUGGGCUUUGGCUAGGCCUCUCAGGGACCUUCAGAGACUUCCAGAAGCCUCUCCAGUGUUGUCUUGGCUGUAUGCUUUAGGUCAUUGUUGUGCUGACAGGUGAACCAAUCUGAGGUCGUUUGCCCUCUGGAGCAGGUUUUCUAUAAGUAACUGCGUUAGUCAAUCCCUCAAUUCUGACCAUUGUCCCUGUCCCUCUCACUGAGAAGCAUCCCGGUGGCAUGACGCUGCCAUCACCAUGCUUCACCAUUUUUUUUUUUUUUUUUUUUUUUUUUUUUUUUAAAGCAAUUUUGUCUCAUCCGACCAGAGAAUCAUUUUUCCGUAUGCCAUCUCAGUCCUCUAAAUGCUUGCCAUUGCCAUGCCUUCCAUCUAGCUACCCUAUCUUAAAGUCCUGACUGAUGGAGUGUUUCUUAGAUGGUUGUUCUUCCACCAGGUUCUCCAGUCUCUUCAGAAGAAGCAAUGUUAGUGUAGCCGUUGGGUUGUUGGUUACCUCCCUAACCCAGGCCCUUGUAACCUGGUUACUGAGUUUGGAUGGAUAGCCAGGUCUUUGUGGUGGUUCCAAACCUCUUCCAUUUCACAUUGAUGGAGCACGUUGUCCUCCUGGGAACAUUCAAAGCUUUAGAAAUGGUUUUAUACUCUUGCCCAGAUUUAUGUCUUGACACAAAUCGAUCGUGGAGGUCUACAGAGAGGUCCUUGCACUUCAUGGCUUGGUUUUUUGUCUGACAUGCACUAUGAAUUGUGGGACCUUAUACACACAGGCGUGUGCCUUUCUAAAUCAUGUCCAAUCAUUUGAAUUUUCCACAGAAAAUUAAAGCAAAAAAGAUGUACUGAGCUCAGUGUGGAGUGCCUUAGUCAAGGGUCUGAAUCCUUAUCUAAAUGAGAGAUUUUGAUUUUUUUUUUUUUUCAGUUUUUGAUUUUUAAUAAAUUUUCCAAAAAAAAAAAAAUUCUAAAAAUGUUUUCUCUUUGUCGAUUUUGUGAAAAUUAAUGGUCUAUUUUAAAGUACAUUUAAUCCAUUUUAAUUAAAUCUGUUAUACAUCAAAGUGUGCAAAAAGAGAAGGGGUCUGAGUACUUUCUGAAUCCACUGUAUACUUGCAUACAUGUUAGUCAGUUACAGAAUUAUCAGUAAAGAUGUUUGAAAGAUUAUGAAUUUUUUGUGGUUAAUUAAAUUAAUGGCACACUGAAAGUGUGAGAAACGUAAUUUAAAUAAUUUAUUAUUUAAUUUAAUUAUUUAAUUUUUUUUUCCUAUGAAAAUAACAAAAAUAACUUUAACAUGUGCAUGCACAUACAUUUUGCUUCUUUGUCUUUCGGGAAGAUCCAAACAGGACCCAGUUGUUGCUUCUUGGCAGAGGCAGUUAGAUUUCUCCUGGUACUUCAUGGAGUCCAUAAUGCCAUGAAUUCAUGGUACCAUGGGUCUCAUCUGACCACAGAACCCAGUUCCUGUCAAAAAUCCAGGGGGGUAUAGCAAACUCCAGGUGCUUGUUUAUGGUUAGAUGCAAGAAAAAGCCUUUAUUCGGGUAUAUCUAAAUAGUUUGCAUUGAAGUGACAUCUAAUUGUAUAUUUGGAGACUUUGUAACCCAAAAAUGCUGCCAUUUUCUGCAAAUCUCCAGCUGUGGUCCUUGAAGAAAUAUUUGCCCCUUUAAACCUUCUCCUCACUACACAUGGGGCAAAUACACUUGAGUCCUCUGCCAGGCAGGUUCAUUACAGCUCCAACUGUAUUAAACUUCUUUAUUAUUGCCCUGACAGUGGCUGUGGGCAUUUUCAGACAAUUUUUGUAAUAGUCAUUUGAUGAAUGACAAAAGGAAUUUAGAAAUAUUAAUACCCUGUAAAAAAGUAAGUCAUGGAUAACUGCUUAUGAGUUCCUAAACACUAAAAUAUGAACGGAAACAUGCUACAGUUACAUUUUAUUCAUGAACAUUUUUAAGGGAAAAUGUAAGUGUGCUUUUUGGAGAUUUUUUUUUUUUUUUUUUGUAACUUCCGUUUAAAGAUUGGUUUCUCUCAUUUUUAGUGUGAGAUUAAGCUAUUUACCACAAAGACAUUUAUUUUCAUGAUAUUUUUAACUCAUCAUUACCAAGGGCACCAGUUAAACUAAGUUACCACUACGUGAUGAAGUCAGACUGUUUUCUCAUUAUCCGUCUGUCUAUGCGUCCAUCCAAGAUUCUAUUUAUCACAAGAACAACUGGUUGAAUCUUUGUAAGAUUUGGAUAACUGAAUUAUCAUCGUAACCAGCAGAUGAAGUGAUUUUGGAAAUGAUCCAACCAGGAUCAAGGUCAAAUGUCUGAAAUAGUUCUUUUCAAUAGCUUCCUUCCUGUUUGACAUACAGAGGUGUUACAUGUUCACCUUCAGGGCUCAAGGCCCAUUUUCUGGCUAUCUAAGGUCUUUGCCAUCCGUCUGUGCAUUCAUGUUAGUGUGAUCUCAAGAAUGAGUGGUUGUAAGAGUUCUACUUGUUUAACAAUCAAAUAUAUGACAGAAACUAAGUUCAACAUAAUUUGUCAUAAUGUGUUCAGAUAGCAUGAUAUCUCAAGAACGAGUGGUUGAAUGUUUGUAUGAUUCAUAUGGAAUCUAUAUUUAUAUGGAAGGUAUUACAAUUUAGUAACGAGAAGGACUAGACUUGUUGGCAGCAAAGGCAUCUCCGCCAACAAGUUCGACUUGGUGUGUCAGAAGAAACUAAAAUUAUUAAAAUAAAAUUAAAUCAGUGGUAACUUUGAGUCAGUCAUUUUGUUGCAUGUAAAGGCAGUUUUUCAUAUUUGCAGCUAAAAUAAAUAGCCACAAUUUACUCACUGUUAUUUUUGCUUAACAUUUUAAUGCUCUUGUCUGUCUUUAUUAAUAUCUCUGUGUAAAGCUUGGUUGUUGUGUCUACUGUGUAUUCUGUAACAGUAACUUUUUUGUUUGUUUGUUUUUGUGUGACUGUAAAUGCUAUUGUUGACUUAUUUUAUUUGUGUUUCAUUAUGUUUUGUGCAAAGAUCAGAGAGUAAAUCUGUCCAGUUCUUACUAGGUUAUGUUUACAGAGGAGGAUGUGAAAUUCUACCUUGCAGAGCUGGCCCUUGCAUUGGAUCACCUUCACAACCUAGGCAUUGUUUACAGAGACCUGAAGCCUGAAAACAUUUUGCUUGAUGAAGCUGGACAUAUCAAGCUAACAGACUUCGGGCUCAGUAAAGAAUCAGUAGACCAGGAUAGGAAAGCGUACUCUUUUUGUGGCACUGUGGAAUAUAUGGCCCCUGAGGUGGUCAACAGGAGAGGACACACACAGAGUGCUGACUGGUGGUCUCUUGGUGUUCUAAUGUUUGAAAUGCUGACAGGGACAUUACCAUUUCAAGGGAAAGACCGGAAUGAGACAAUGAACAUGAUUCUUAAAGCUAAAUUGGGAAUGCCACAGUUUUUAAGUUUGGAAGCACAGAGUCUUUUAAGAAUGCUCUUUAAAAGAAACCCAGCAAAUCGUUUAGGAGCCGGUCCAGAUGGCGUAGAAGAGAUCAAACGACACGCCUUUUUCUCCACCAUAGACUGGAACAAGCUGUACCGGUGCGAACUUCAGCCUCCUUUCAAACCAGCAGCGGGAAAACCAGACGACACAUUCUGCUUUGACCCUGAGUUCACAGCAAAAACCCCAAAGGACUCUCCAGGCAUUCCUCCCAGUGCAAAUGCACACCAGCUCUUCAAAGGCUUCAGCUUUGUAGCGCCAGUCUCCCUGGAGGAGAGCAAGAGCUCCCCUCUAGUUAGCAUCCUCCCCAUUGUUCAGAUGCAUAGCGGCACAGCACAGUUCUCGGACGUGUACGAGCUGAAAGAGGACAUCGGCGUGGGCUCGUACUCCAUAUGCAAGCGCUGCAUCCACAGAGUCACAACUAUGGAGUUCGCAGUGAAGAUUAUUGACAAAAGUAAACGAGACCCUUCAGAGGAGAUUGAAAUUCUUAUGCGGUACGGCCAGCACCCGAAUAUCAUUACAUUGAAGGAUGUGUAUGAUGAGGGGCGAUUUGUGUAUCUGGUAACGGAGCUAAUGAAGGGAGGAGAGCUGUUGGAUAAGAUUCUCAGGCAGAAGUUCUUCUCAGAACGAGAAGCAAGCGCUGUGCUCUACACCAUCACCAAAACGGUGGACUAUUUGCACUGCCAAGGGGUGGUUCAUAGGGACCUGAAGCCCAGCAACAUUCUGUACAUGGACGAUUCGGGGAACCCCGACUCCAUCCGAAUCUGCGACUUCGGCUUUGCCAAGCAGUUGAGGGGGGAUAAUGGCCUUCUGCUCACACCGUGUUACACUGCUAACUUUGUAGCGCCCGAGGUAUUGAUGCGUCAGGGUUAUGAUGCAGCCUGUGACAUCUGGAGUCUGGGCGUUCUUCUUUAUACCAUGUUAGCUGGGUACACCCCUUUCGCUAACGGCCCCAAUGACACCCCAGAGGAGAUUCUAUUGCGUAUCGGCAGUGGCAAGUUCUCUCUCAGUGGAGGAAACUGGGACACCGUAUCUGACUCCUCAAAGGAUCUUUUGUCUCACAUGCUUCAUGUGGACCCUCAUCAGCGGUAUUCGGCCGAGCAGGUACUGAAACACUCAUGGAUUGCCUGCCGGGACCAGCUGCCCCAUUUCCAGCUCACCCGACACGAUGCACCUCACCUGGUUAAGGGAGCAAUGGCUGCCACAUACUCAGCAUUGAAUCAUAAGACAUGCCAGCCAGUCCUGGAACCUGUGGCAGCUUCCAGUUUGGCCCAGCGCAGAAGCAUGAAGAAGUUAACUUCCACUGACAUGUUGUGAACAGAAGCAUCUUCACAUCACUGUGUUCUCUCCUCCCCAUUUUGUCUAUUUAUUUGUUUGCUCCUGUCCCCACUGUUUGGCAUUUUUCCUCAGCACCUACACAUUGUAAUUGGACAUGAGACAUUGUCUAUUUGGACACUUUGACAUUAGGGAGGCUGUUUAGCAAGUUACAGACUGAGAGACUGCACUGAACAUGGCUGAAAUCUAAAUCCAAAAUGCUGCAGGGCUGCAGUGUGUGUUUUUUUUUUUUCCCCAUUUCCUCUUAUAUGCAUUCUCUGGAACUCUCCAUUUUUGUCUUUUCUCGAUCAUUCUUCAUUUUCUCUCUCCCUCUUUCCCGCUAAGUGGAAAAACAGCACCAGCGCCUAUUCUCAUUCACUGUGACUGGCUGACCUAAAGCUGCUUUAAGUAAACUGUGCUCUGCCUUCCUUCCCCAGUUUAAAACACCUCUGUUCAUUCGCCACUCCUUUUCUCCCUCUGUCUUGAUCAGCCUACUCCUGUCUCUUGAUAGUUUAUCUGAGAGGAAAGGUGCGUUUUGGAAGUUUCCUGUCUUUUAAAGCCAUUUAGCAUGCGGCUGGAGGAAUCAGUGUAUCUGAACCACUCAAUGUUACCUCAAGUCGAGUUGAUGAGCUGAAAGCGGAGACUUCUUUAAGCUUUCAAUGAGUGUAUAUAGAAUUUAGCGCCAGAGAGAUUGUCAAACCCGACCCGAUCAACCCCCAUCAUAUCAAUUAUAUUUAAGCAGAUUUGCACUGAAGCUUGUCAGGUUGUUGCUUUUGCAUUUUUUUUUUUUAUUUUUUGCCCAUACCCCAACUUGAUCCUUUUUUAAUUUUCUAUUUGUGUUAAAAAAAAAAUAA